UCUAAAAUAUGCAAAUAAACUAAUGGCGGACUGGGAAGGAUACCCUCUGCAUGAAUGCGUCUUUCACAACGAUAUUAGAAAACUCUCCCAAUUACUACGUGUAAAUGAUGUGGCGCUUAAAGAUAUGCACGGGAAUACAGCUCUACACCUGGCUGUUAUGUUGGGAAGAAAAGACUGUAUCCAGUUGUUACUAGCACAUGGGGCACCUGUCCGAGUGAAGAACAUACAGGGCUGGACUCCCCUGGCAGAGUCUAUAAGUUAUGGCAGCAGACAAACUAUUUUGUGUCUGCUGAAGAAGCUUAAACAGCAAUCCAGGGACACUUUAGAGGAGAGGAGGCCAGCCUUGAUUCAGGCUCUGAGGGAUAUAGGAGACUUCUAUGUGGAACUUAAAUGGGAUUUCCAGAGCUGGGUACCACUUGUUUCCCGUAUAUUGCCAUCUGAUGUUUGCAAAAUCCACAAGAAAGGGAGCUGUUUAAGGUUGGACACAACCUUAGUUGACUUCAAUGACAUGAGAUGGGAGAGAGGGGACAUAACUUUUGUUUUUGAUGGAGAAGCUCCCUCUAAUGAAGGCUUGACAGUUCUAGACAACAAAUUACAUGUUUUUCAAAAAAUUAGGUCAGAGGAAUCAGAACAAGAACUAGAAGAUGAAGUAGACAUAUUGAUGAGCAGUGACAUCAUGGCAGCUCAGAUGUCCACCAAAAACAUCACAUUUUCACGGGCUCAAAGUGGCUGGCUGUUUCGAGAAGACAAAACGGAAAGGGUGGGAGAAUUUGAAGCUGAUUUCUAUGCAGUAAAUGGAUUGAUCUUGGAUUCCAGGAAGAGGAGGGAACAUCUAAGUCCAGAUGAUGUCCAGAAAAACAAAGCCAUGAUGGAGAACUUGACCAAAGGAAAUUGGAAUAAUUGUGAGUUUCAGAGAAGACCUUCACUCCCAAAUCCCGAGGAAACUAGUGUGAAGUGGGAGGAGUAUGCUGCUGAGCCCCCUGGUACCCCCAUGUGUCUGGGACGACCUUGGAUUGCCAAAGGAAACACAAAGUCAUUUAAAGCGACUGUGGCAAUGAGCAAGAGAUUUCCAAUGUCUAUAGAAGUAUUGCUGGAUGUGCUGGAAGUCAUUGCUCCUUUUAAACAGUUUCAGAAAUUACGAGAAUUUAUGACAACUAAACUACCUGAUGGUUUUCCUGUGAAAAUAGAAAUCCCAGUAUUUCCCACAGUGACAGCUAAAGUGACCUUCACUUGUUUUGAAUGGCGAGAAGACAUUGACGAUGGAAUGUUUGUGAUUCCUGCAAACUACCGUGAAGACCCAAACCGAUUUCCGGAUUUAUGACAGAUGAUGGACUUUAGUUUGAUGGACAUGUUUUCCAGCGUUAGAAAUGUGAUAAUCAUCGACGGCAACCAGAAGGAGACGUACUUAGAACUGGCUGUUGGAAUGGAGGUGCCCCUCACCAACCUGGGAAUCUCUAGCACAGAGAUGACUUUGCUUUUCUAGAGUAUUUAAAGGGUAGAAUUCAAAAUUUUAUUACCCACCUUCAUAAAUUUUAAGGUUUUGGAUCGGGAGGGGGUGUAAUGGGGUCUCUACUCAUUUCCAGUAAUCCUUUGGAAAAGGGGGGGGGGGGACUUGCACUUAUUGCAUUUAUAUUGUUAAGAUUUAUCAUACAAAAAUUAGACAGUUUGAUUUUCACUUCAGUUUGAUUUUAGCUAUUGUCAUUGUACAUGCAUUUCCAAACUGUAAAAUUAAACCUCUAGAUGGACAUGAAAACCAUGACUUUAAACAAAUUUACCGAUAAAUAAGAAACUGUUAAAACGAACCAGGGAAAUUUAAAACUGUAUACAGUAUUAAAAUUUUAUUUGUUGUAAAAGUUUUUAGAAUAGCAAAAAUAUGCUUUAUUGGGUCUCUAUCAAUCUAAUUAAAAUUAGAUCCUAUGAUCCGCUACAUAGCAAUAGUAGAUGAGCGGAUCAUAGGAUCUAAUUUUAAUUAGAUUAGUUUUCUAAUUGGACAGCAACUGAAGUCUACAGCAGUAGUAAUAUUCAAAUAAAAGUGUUUUUUUUAUAGACUUAGAAACAAUGGUGUGGGUUGUAACCACAGAUUAUGAAGUUGUACACUUGUUGAAAUGCUUUCAUUCUUAAUACUUGCAAUGGAGUUAUAUAAUUUUAUGUCACAAGUUACAGUUACAGCCUAUCAAAAUCUUUGUACUGAAUUAGCAAGUUGUUUUUUUUUUAUUGUUGAAGACUUGGGAAUCAACAAAAUCUUAACACUGUUGAAGACUUGGGAAUUAACAAGGUCUUUGUACUGCAGAAAAUUUAUAAAAAUAUAUCAUAUCUUUUACACACACAUUCAUACAUUUUCAAGUCAAAGUUUAAUUAAUGUUUAAUUAAUUCUACUGAUUUAUAUAGAUAGAGGGAAAACAAUACAAACUGAAAAAUACCUGAAUAGACAGUUCCAUUCUGAGAAUUUUAAACCGUGUGUGUAUCUAUAGAGAACAGAAGUCAUAUUCAUCUGCUUCUCGUAAAGCUUUUACACCAGCAGGUAAAUAUUUAGUUGUAAGCUACAUAGAUUUCUUCAGCCAGAAAAUGAAAAUAAAAUUCAUUUGGAAAAAUGAAUGUACAAGAAGUAGCUGGUGAUUAAAAGAAAACUGAAUUAAUUUAGAAUAGUAACUAAUUAAUUAUAAUAAUGUUGAAUUGUUGUCAAAGUUUGUUGUUAAAAUGUACUGCAGAAUUUUGUAGCAGGUUGAUUUUUUUGUGCAACAGGUUCCCCUGUCUUGGCAAGAGAGAGGAAUAUGCACAUGUUGCUGAUCAAAAAAAAAAUAAAUUGCUCAUUACACACACCAUAUGAUAUGCAGUCUUUUGAGUGUUGAAUAGAACAUAAAAUGAAUAGUUAGAUAUAGAAACAGUAGAAAUGGACGUUGCUGUCCUCGAUGUGUACAAGCAUUUUAGCAGAGUGGUGUAUAUUUUUACAUGGUUGAGUAUUUUGUUAAUUUUAGCACAGAAUUUUGUUUUAAUUUCACUGAGGCGUUAUAUGAUAGUGUAAUGCUGAUGACAAGUGAUUCAGAUUGCUGAGAAUAUAUAUACUUAGUUACAUUUGUAUUUACAGAGGUUGUCCGAUUUUGCAUUUCUGGGUAUUUUAUGGGAGCAGUGGUUUUGACUGUAUGUUGUGUUUAGCGUUAUGUAUUGUAUUACCGUUGUUCUGUAGACUUGAUCUAUUCUUAUGGUUGAUAAUAUGGAAAACAAGCUGGCCUUCUGCAAAAUGUCACUGCCUUUUAACUUUAUUGACAAUUUUUUAAUCUAGUCACUGCAUUGUAAAAGGAAGAUGUGUGCUAGAUAUGUUUAUAUUUCACUUUCCAACUGCAAAAAUAGAUAAAAAUUCCUUGUAAAUACAGUCACAUGAGAAUGAUCUAAAGACAUUAGCUUAGCUACUAACAAAUUUUUCUACCUCCUAUUGAAGAGUUCUUUAUUUGACAUUUGUACAGUUUUUGCCAAAAUUUGGGCAAGUUUGAAAGUUUCCUUACUGUAGAGUAUUUAUUGAUACUUAUUUAGUGUUAAAUCUAGAGAGGGCACACAUAUCAUAUGUUCAAAAGGGCACUUUUUGUUGUGGCAAGACAAUUUCGGGGCACUUUCAUUGUAUCAUACUAUGAUAGUAAUAGAAUGAUCAUUUAGCCUCUUUAAAAGUUAAUACCUGCUGCCUUGAUUUUAAAACUUUUCAAUCAACCUUUCAAUCAACUUUGUAAAAUAAAUAACAAUUGUUUAUAUUAACAAAAUUUUUUAAAAAGGGGCAUGGCGUGGCGCCAUGCUAGUUUGCUUUAGAUUUAACUCUAUUAUUUACCAACAUUGUGCACCUGGAGCAUUUUUUAAAAAUCUGUGUGAAAAGAGUUCAAACGAUUACAGAUGGUGUCUGUAUAAGAAAGCUCUGAAAACAAAUACCUAGUAAACACUAAUAAUUUGAUGCUAUUUUGGAUUGGCUAAAAAAUUUGAUUUCUGCUUUAAAGAAAACCUGAUUUUGACUUCAUGUUGUGUAUUGAUAUGUCAUAUGAAUUUGAAAACAAAAUUAUAAUGCAUUGAUAAAGUUAUCUGUCCAAUUUUCGCUAUAAUACGCCCCAUUAAGAAAAGAAUUGUAAGAUUAAUUUCUAAAGUAGUUCAUUAUCUUUUUUAUGUAAACCCACAAGAAUUGCAUUCCAUGAAUUGAUGCAUAUAUAUCUCCAACAAUGCACACUGUGUAGGCCUUGUCUUAUGUGUAGGUGUUAGCUUGGAAAAAAAAUCUCUAGUCAUAUUUAUCCCAUACUCGGUAUUGUAACAAGCUGAGGGAAUUUUGUAAAUGCUGAAACAAUUUUUAUUGUGUUAUAAGAUUUUGUUAUUGAAUUACAGAUGAUUUCUGUUCUGUAUAGUGUUUGUGCUGUUUGACUUUCUAAUCUGAGAAUUUCAAAUUUGAUAUAUUUUGUUUACUAUUAUCUUGAAAACCUACCUAGAAUUUCGUUUACUGUAGUAAUGUAUUGUGAAAAUCCAGGGUUCCAAGUCAUAUCAUGUAUGUUUGCUGCUGCUAAAGAAAGAUUGUCAAUUAUUUCAAAAUUUUCAGGCAUGGACAUGAUUUGAGGUGAAAAUUUUUAAAUUUUAUUUUUCCAUUUUUAAUGUUUAGAGUACUUAACUAAGGCAUUUCUAAUGGUCAGCAAAAAUUUGAAUGUCAGUUUUUGAGGUACAUGGAAAAUACAGAGCUCACAAUUCUUUGUCAUGUAAUAAGGCUCGUGGCAUGUUUUUGAUUAGGCCAAGUAAAAUUAAUUAGUAGAUUAUCAUGCCCCCCCCCCCCCCCCCUGAUUUUUUUUAUUUUUCAAAAUUACGAUUUCCGGAUAUUUUUAUGUCCGGUCCGGUAUCGUAAACAUACUUUGUUUCACUUUGCCUUUUAGAAACCCAAAUACACAUGUAAUUAUGAUUUAUAAAGCCUUUUCUCAAUGAGAGAAGGCAUUUUCGAGGUCAAGAAUACCAUGGCGAAAAAUAAAAAUUAAAAUCCUCCCACCCGCCCCAUUUUUUUGUGAAGUUUGAAUGAUAAUCUACUAAUUAAUUUUACUUGGCCUUACAUAGGUUAAAUAUUACUAGUAAAAGCUUCAUUUAAAGCAGAGUUUUUCAAUUUACAAGUUAAUUCUGAACACAAUGAAAUAGUUUCUAGUGUUUGGCACAUCUCAAUUUCUUUUAAACAUGCUAUUUUCUAUUAAGCAAUGUAAACAAAAGCAUGGCACAAGCCUUGUUUACUUAACAUUUUAAUUAAGCAUUCUAAACCUUAAAAAUAAAAUUUGAAAGUUUUCAGCAUCAAAUUGUGUCCAUGCCCCUUUAAUAUAAAAUCUGGUCCAUUUUUCUUUUCUUUUUUUUCAAUUAGGUAAAUCACAUGUACCUUUGUACAUGUUAAAGGCCAGAGUUAUUGUUCUUCUGUACACUGUUCUUGUUUGUAUUUAGUCGCAUUUCAGUUUUGUGAAUGACUAAUAAAGUUCUCAUUUCCAA